UAUAUAUUUGUGUAUCCAGGUCAACAAUCCCAGUGUACUAAAGCAUCUCAGCUGCUCAGGCCCUGGAACCACUCCUGAGCUUCUGUCCAAGGACACUGCCUUUCAACAGGAUGAAGACGGCAACUUGUUACCUUCUCAUCUUCAUCUCCCUUCUCCAGCUGAUGGCCCCAAUGAAUACUGCGGAGACCUUAGACUCGCUCCUGGAGAAAAAAAUCAAGAAACUUCUCCACUGUGGAGAUGACUGUCCCUUCACUGCGACUAAGUCUUUGUCCUGCACUAGUGUCAAUGCUAGAGGCAAACUAGCCUCCUGUCCUGCUGGGAUGGCUGUCACUGGUUGUGCCUGUGGCUAUGGUUGUGGAUCGUGGGAUAUCCAGAAUGGAAAUACCUGCCACUGUCAGUGCGCAGGCAUGGACUGGACCACCGCCCGCUGCUGCCAACUGGCCUGAGAAUGAGGAGGCUGAGAACCUAGUUUGGAAAUGAUGACUGUAAAGAAACUGCAGUCUCAACUUGGCAACCUGGCUCAUAUCCCUUGAUGGAUUCAUAUUCGCUAUUAAUACUGCUUCUUGAAAAAUAAAGACUCUCUCUCUCACUCA